AUGAGUAGGCGUAUCAGCGACUUCGAUAAUGUGGGAGAUGAGAAGGAGGCAGCUGCACCAGACAAGAUCAGUAGCGGCCGAUCUUCGAGCCGGGUGACACAGCCGUAUGUUGCUCACAAAGUUGGACUGCCUCCCAAGCUAAGCAUCUUCAAGGAAUUCACUGCCGCCGUGAAGGAGACUUUCUUUUCCGAUCAGCCUUUGCGUUCUUUCAAAGACCAAUCCAACUCUAGGAAGCUUGUGCUCGGCAUCGAAGCGCUUUUUCCAUUUUUCAGAUGGUCUAGGGACUACAAUCUUGCUAAGCUCAGAGGUGACGUGAUUGCUGGACUUACUAUAGCAAGUCUUUGUAUUCCUCAGGAUAUUGGAUACGCAAAGCUUGCUGGUCUGCCUGCGGAAAAUGGGUUAUACUCUAGCUUUGUACCACCUCUGAUCUAUGCCUUCAUGGGCAGCUCAAGAGAUAUUGCAAUCGGACCGGUGGCGGUGGUGUCACUGCUGCUUGGGACUCUGCUUCAGGAAGAGGUUAGCUCUAAAGAUUUAGUCGCGUAUAAACGCCUUGCUUUCACGGCUACCUUCUUCGCCGGAGUCACACAAUUCACAUUAGGGUUUUGCAGAUUGGGUUUCUUGAUUGACUUCCUCUCUCAUGCUGCCAUUAUUGGGUUUAUGGCUGGAGCUGCCAUUACCAUUGCCCUUCAACAGCUUAAGGGAUUGUUUGGCAUCAAAGUUUUUACUAAGAAGACAGACAUCGUUUCAGUCUUGCGUUCAGUCUUUUCUUCAGCACAUCAUGGGUGGAACUGGGAGACUAUACUAAUAGGAGUCUCAUUCUUGGCCUUUCUUAUCAUCGCCAAAUACAUCGGAAAAAUAAAGAACAAGAAAUACUUUUGGGUGCCUGCAAUUGCACCUUUGGUCUCUGUCAUCCUUUCUACUUUCUUCGUGUUUAUUACCCGAGCAGACAAGCAAGGUGUUGCAAUUGUGAGUUAUAUUAGACAGGGCGUCAAUCCACCUUCUGCUGAUCAAAUUCACUUCUCUGGAGAUUUCCUUGCUAAAGGCUUUAGGAUUGGUGUUGUGGCUGGCAUGAUAGCCUUAACAGAAGCUAUAGCAAUUGGAAGAACAUUUGCUGGUAUGAAGGACUAUCAGAUUGAUGGAAACAAAGAAAUGGUAGCAAUGGGAACAAUGAACAUUAUUGGCUCAAUGACAUCAUGCUACGUUGCUACCGGCUCCUUCUCUCGCUCUGCCGUAAACUACAUGGCCGGCUGCCACACCGCCGUCUCCAACAUCGUCAUGUCCAUUGUUGUCCUUCUCACCUUGGUAUUCAUCACACCGUUGUUCAAGUACACCCCCAACGCCAUUCUUGCUUCCAUCAUUAUCUCCGCCGUGUUAGGACUGAUCGAUAUUGAGGCAAUGAAAUUGAUAUGGAAGAUUGACAAACUUGAUUUCGUCGCAUGCAUGGGAGCGUUCUUUGGUGUCGUCUUCAUCUCCGUCGAGAUCGGUCUUUUAAUUGCAGUCUCCAUCUCCUUUGCCAAAAUUCUCUUACAAGUAACAAGGCCACGAACUGCGUUGCUGGGAAGGAUCCCUAGAACAAAGGUUUACAGAAAUGUCCAGCAGUAUCCCGAAGCUAGUCAGAUUCCUGGUGUUCUCAUUGUUAGGGUGGACUCUGCAAUUUACUUCUCCAACUCCAACUAUGUCAAGGAGAGAAUUUUGAGAUGGGUAACAGACGAAGAAGCAGAGCUAAACCAAAAGUGUCUACCCAAAAUCAACUACUUAAUUGUGGAAAUGUCACCUGUUACAGAUAUUGACACUAGUGGGAUCCAUGCAUUGGAAGAGCUAUAUAGAAGUCUUCAGAAGAGGGAUAUUCAGCUAGCUUUAGCAAAUCCGGGCACAGUGGUGAUCGACAAGAUUCAUGCAUCCGAGUUUCCUGAUUUAAUCGGAAAGGACAAGAUUUUUCUUUCAGUUGGAGAUGCCAUUCUUACACUCGCUCCAAACUAUUAAAUUUGAUGCGCGCAUGUCUUUGUGUUUCUUUAAUUCAGAUCAUGAUGCAUCCGGCCGUUCCAGUCGUAUAUUUAGGACUAUCAAUUUGUUUUGUUUUGUUUUUCUCUCUGACACUAGGGUUUAUUUAGUUUCUUUAUUUUCUUAUUUACUUCAUCCUUUGUUUACAUGUUCUCG